CCCAGGGCAGCAGGGAGCCGAGCUGGCCUGGCUGCAUUUCCCCUCCAGGAGUGGAGGUUGCUCCUUUAAUAGGGGUUUUGAGAUCAGGGAGCGGGCCCUGGGGGUCUUGGGCUGUCACCAGCCUUGGGCCAUGAAGGACUACUCAGACAUCAUCCUUCACGUGGAGGCCACAGAGCUGAGCAAGACCGAGUUCUGCAAUCCUGCGUUCGAGCCUGAAUCAGUGGCCCCCCGCCCUUCACCAGCCUUCCCCGAGGAUGCCAGCUGCAGCAGCCAAGCUCCCUGGCACGGCCGGCCUCCCCGAGGGCUGCGGCCGGACUGCCACUUCUCCUGGCUCUGCGUCCUCCUGCUCGCCAGCCUGCUGCUCCUGCUGCUUGGGCUGCUUGUGGCCGUCAUCCUGGCCCAGUUGCAGGCUCCACCCCUGUCUGGGGCCUCCCGUAGCCCACUGCCUGCCCGAGACCUCAGGACCACCACUGGCACCAGCCCCACCACCAUCACCAUGUCUCAAGCAAGUGAGAUCCCCAAAGGGCAGCCGGAAGCAGGCAUGAGCCCCACCUCCCAGCCCACCUGCGGGGGACUCCUUCCUGGACCAAGGGGCUUCUUCAGCAGCCCCAACUACCCAGACCCUUACCCACCCAAUACCCACUGUGUGUGGCACAUCCAGGUAGCCACAGACCACGCAGUACAGCUCAAGAUUGAUGCUCUCAGCAUGGAGGGUGUGGCCUCCUGUCUUUUUGAUCGCUUGGAGAUCUCUCCUGACCCUGAAGGCUCCCUCCUCAGGGUUUGUGGGAGGGUGCCUCCCCCAACACUCAACACCAAUGCCAGCCACCUCCGGGUGGCCUUCAUCUCUGACAGCAGUGUGGAAGGAUUUGGUUUCCACGCCCAGUACCAGGCUGUGGCGCCUGGGCAUGGGAGAUGUGCCCAUGAUGAGUUCCCCUGUGACCAGCUCCUCUGCCUGCUGCCGGACUCUGUGUGUGAUGGUUUUGCCAACUGUGCAGAUGGCAGCGACGAGGCCAACUGCAGUGCCAAGUUCUCAGGGUGUGGAGGGAAUUUAACUGGGCUCCAGGGCACCUUCUCCACUCCUAACUACCUGCAGCUAUAUGAUCACCAACAGCUCUGCGUGUGGCAUAUCUCUGUGCCUGCUGGGUAUGGCAUAGAACUGCAGUUCCACAACUUCAGCCUGGAAGCUCAGGAUGAGUGCAAGCUUGACUACGUGGAGGUGUAUGAGACCAGCAACUCAGGGACCCUCGGCCUCCUAGGCAGGUUCUGUGGAGCAGAGCCACCACCCCGCCUCAGCUCCUCGCACCAAGAACUGGCUGUGCUCUUUAGGACACAUCACGGUGUCAGCAGCGGGGCCUUCUCAGCCACCUACCAGGCCCUCAAUGCCACGGAGAACCCCUGUGGGCCUGGAGAGGUCUCCUGCCAGGAUGGAGGGUGUAAGGAUCUGCCGUGGGUGUGUGCCAUGUGGAGAGACUGCACAGAUGGCAGUGAGGCAAACAACUGCAGCAGCCCCCUGUUCCCGUCCCCAGAGUUGGCCUGUGAGCCCAUCCGGGUGGAGAUGUGCAUGGGUCUGAGCUACAACGCCACAGCCUUCCCUAACAUCUGGGUGGGCAUGGCCACCCAGGAGGAGGUGGUGGAGGUCCUCAGAGGCUACAAGAGCCUGACCAGUCUAACCUGUUACCAGAAUUUCCGGAGAUUCCUCUGCGGGCUGCUUGUACCCUGCUGUACUCCGCUGGGCAGUGUCCUUCCCCCUUGCCGUUCUGUCUGCCAGGAGGCAGAGCAGCAAUGCCAGCCUGGCCUGGCACUCCUGGGCACUCCCUGGCCCUUCAACUGCAACAGGCUGCCUGAGGCAGCUGGCCUGGAGGCUUGUGCCCUGCCCUGACCCUGAAGCCAGGCCCCUGCCCUUUGCCUGCCUAUCUUCCUCUUCCAAUCAGGGUGGGCAGGCAGGGGAACAAAGUCGGGGGGGGGGGGGCAGCCUGGGACUCUGCCCAUCCUCUCUGGGGCCUUCCAAGGAGGGGGAAGGAGAAGAGUCAUUAAUCCAAGCUAAUGGGACCGUCCCAUCCACUUUCCUGUCCCUUUACUUGCCCCAGCUGCCUGUGACUGCUGCCUGGCUCUACCCACAGCCUAGACUGCUUC